AUGCCGUCUGGUUUUGACAUCCGGUACAAGGAAUACUAUGAGCUGGGCACAGUUAUAGCAUACGUUUCUGUCCACAACUCGCACCGGCAUAUACCAUUUGACGAGCUCAUCAACCGGCUGGGUGAGCAACUCUGCAAAAGUGAAUGGGAGAAUAUAACGUAUGCUGGCAUCAUUCCCGGAGUUGCGAUUGUCCUAGAUCUGCCCCACUACAAUUUUGAUUAUUACUGUCCCUCUACCAUCCUGAGAUCUUGUGACCGUCUUCUGGCUGAGCUCUAUCGCGGCGGCAAAGCUCAGUCAGGAGAAUGUGAGAAAACUGCUGCAGGAUACCCACCGCCAAGCGAGAGCGGUUUGCGAUUCGCCUUGUUCGUCGCCAGCCUACAACGCGUGGUCUACGAUGUUUGGGCUGACGCGUUUCCGCUACCACAUAUUACAUACAUUAAGUAA